UUGGCUGGUUACUAAAUCAAAUUAUGAGUAGUGUAGAUGCUUAUGGGCCAAGUUCCCAGACUCUCACUUUCCUGGAUCCCGAUGAAAGUGGAGUACUAACUGCAGGGGGAGACACGCAGGCAAGCGAGUAUGACUUCACUGACUUCACUAUUCCAUCACAAACUCAAACUCAGACACAAACUCAACACAGCCAAAGCCAACUUGAUGCUGGGGAUAAUAGCCAGACCCAGGAUGUAGCAGGAGAGGAUGAAGGCUUGGUUGGUCGAGAUGAUGACUUGGGAGGAUUGCAGGAGAACAUCCACAUCGCAACACAAGGAGUAGCGGAUCUAAGGUUCGAGGAAGAUGAUGACGAAGAUGGAUUUUAUACGAGGGAUCUUCCUGAACAUGCAUGCAGAUAUUGUGGAAUACAUGACCCCAACUGCGUGGUGAUGUGUAACUCCACACAGAAGUGGUUUUGUAAUGGAAGAGGAAAUACAUCUGGAAGCCACAUCAUCAACCACUUGGUGCGAGCUAAAUGUAAGGAGGUAACCGUACAUAGAGACGGACAACUUGGCGACUCAAUGCUAGAAUGUUACAACUGUGGUUGUAGGAAUAUCUUCUUACUUGGGUUUAUUCCUGCUAAAGCUGAUUCAGUGGUUGUUCUCCUAUGCAGGCAACCAUGCGCCAAUCAGACCAGCUUAAAAGACAUGAACUGGGAUGCAUCCCAAUGGCAACCUCUAAUCCAGGAUCGCUGUUUCCUUUCUUGGUUGGUUAAGAUCCCAUCAGAGGAAGAACAACUACGUGCACGACAGAUAACAGCACAGCAGAUCAAUAAGUUGGAAGAGUUGUGGAAGGAAAAUGUUGAUGCAACCAUUGAAGAUUUGGAGAAACCUGGAGUUGAUGAAGAUCCACACGCUGUGUUGUUGAGGUAUGAAGACGCUUACCAAUACCAGAACAUAUUUGGACCACUAGUUAAGCUGGAAGCUGACUAUGAUAGAAGGCUAAAGGAAUCCCAAACGCAAGCCAACGUAACUAUAAGAUGGGAUAUCGGGCUCAAUAAGAAAAGGUUGGCCCAUUUUCAGCUUCCGAAGACGGAUACAGACAUGAAACUAAUGAAGGGAGAUGAGAUAAGCUUGCGACAUCUGGGAACACUGUGGGAAGGGAAGGGGCAUGUGGUUAAAGUGCCUGACAACUCGAGCGAUGAAAUAGCUAUUGAACUGAGAUCAUCUGUGGGGGUUCCCCUUGAUAAAACAGGGAAUUUCCACGUUGACUUUGUAUGGAAAUCAACCUCAUUUGACAGAAUGCAGAGUGCUAUGAAGACAUUUGCGGUAGAUGAGGCAUCCGUAUCCACCUACAUCUACCAUAGACUGCUUGGCCACGAAGCUGAAGAACAAACAUUGAAAACGAAUCUUCCAAAAAGGUUUUCAGCUCCAGGAUUACCAGAGCUCAACCAUUCACAGGUAUAUGCUGUGAAGACGGUGCUUCAAAGACCUUUAUGUUUAAUCCAAGGACCUCCUGGCACCGGCAAAACUGUAACCAGCGCCACUAUUGUUUACCAUCUUGUUAAAUCAUGUGGACAAAGACAGGUUCUUGUAUGUGCUCCAAGUAACAUAGCAGUAGACCAACUUACUGAGAAGAUCCAUCGAACUGGGUUAAAGGUGGUCAGGUUGUGCGCGAAGAGCAGGGAAGCGAUCGAUUCUAAUGUUUCGUUUCUAUCUCUGCAUAAUCAAGUCAGAAGCAUGGAGAGCUUACCAGAGCUGCAGAAGCUACAACAACUGAAGGACGAGACGGGUGAAUUAUCCUCUAAUGAUGAGAAGAGAUACCGAGCCCUUAAGAGAAAUGCUGAACGGGAAUUGCUACAGCAUGCUGACGUGAUAUGUUCUACUUGUGUUGGAGCUGGUGAUCCACGCCUUGUAAGGUUCCGGUUCCGUUCCAUACUGAUAGAUGAAAGCACGCAAGCAACUGAACCUGAGUGCAUGGUGCCAGUUGUGCUUGGAGCACAGCAGUUGAUCUUAGUAGGAGACCAUUGUCAGUUGGGACCCGUGGUUAUGUGUAAGAAAGCAGCCAAUGCAGGGCUCGCCCAAUCACUGUUCGAGAGGCUGGUGGUGCUCGGGAUUCGGCCAAUCAGAUUGCAGGUACAAUACCGUAUGCACCCAGCUUUAUCUGCUUUCCCAUCCAAUAUAUUCUAUGAAGGAUCUCUACAGAAUGGGGUCACUGCAGGUGAAAGAAUGAGGAAGAACCUGAGUUUUGUUUGGCCAUCCCCCGAUAAACCAAUGUUUUUCUACAAAACAUCAGGACAGGAAGAGAUUGCAAGUUCUGGUACUUCGUAUCUAAACAGAACUGAAGCCGCAGUUGUUGAACGAAUCACAACUAAGUUUCUUAAAUCCGGCAUCAAACCUGAGCAGAUAGGGAUUAUAACUCCAUAUGAAGGCCAGAGGUCUUACUUGGUGCAAUACAUGCAAUAUUCGGGUUCCCUCCAUUCUAAACUGUAUAUGGAGGUUGAGAUUGCCAGUGUGGAUGCGUUCCAAGGUCGUGAGAAGGACUUCAUCAUCCUCUCAUGUGUGAGGGCAAAUGAGCAUCAAGGCAUCGGGUUCCUGAACGAUCCACGAAGGCUGAAUGUGGCGCUUACAAGGGCAAGGGUGGAAGGUACAUGAGCAAUGCUAUGUGGGAUGCAAGGGAAGCACUUAUACCAGGUGGUGCUUAUGAUAGAGCGUCCACUUAUAAUGGUGCUGUCCCGCCACGCCACCAAUACUUUCGUACACACGACCAGAUGGGGAUGAUCAACCAAACAACGAGCAUACAAGCGCAACAAGCAGUAGCAAGCCUACCUGUACCUGUUAACAUGUACAUGAACCCCACUAUACCACCAAAUUACUUCCAUAAUGGACAGGCACAAGGUCGUCCAGUAGCCAAGGGUGGGCGCGCCCCACGUUUAAGUCGCACCAAUCGGCACCCACAAGCUGGAUCCAACCCCGCAACUCAAUCCCAGGAUAUGACACAGAACUUCUCACAGGGUGCCCUCACACAAGGAUAUGGAACAGGUCUCUCCAUGAGCCAACCCAUUAGCCAGGGGAUGAGCCAACUUGGUCUCUCUCAAGCUGAACUAUCACAGGACAGCUACAUGGCUGAGGAGUUCCGAUCCCAAGUUGACGCAGCUUUGUCUCAGGACUCGACUUACCAAGGAGAGCGAGCUUACACCGGUCAAGGUCUCAAUUUCUCUCAGUAUUAGACAACAGGAUGAGCGCACGGAGUCACGACGAUCUUUAAGCAGUGUGCAAGAUGCAGCAGAGGAGGAUAGGAGGAAGUUCCUCGAAGAAAAUCGAAACACAUCUUCUCAGUGCUCUACAUAAAGUGGACUACAUGCUAUGGGAUAUAAUUAAUAAGUUUGCCGCCAAAAAUCUGGUAUAAAAACGUUAAUUUUUAAAGUUUUCUAUAUAUCUACAAGGCUUAAGUCAGACUGAAUGUUUGGAGUAAAAAUAACGUUUUUAUAUCGAAAUAAUUCGUUUUAAAAUCAGAGAAAUACAAAGUACUUUGUAUUGCAGUGUUGCACACUUGCUUUUUAGUUAAUUAAUUCCCAUUCAAGCUGGCUUUAUUGCCUUUGGUUGCGAAACACUGUUUUGUUUUGGGCAAAAGAGAAGUAAUUUACUGCUGUGUAGCACUGGGAGAAUUUGGUUUCAAAAACGUGGUGUCCUUUACCUUUCGAGUUUGGUUUUUAUUUCUUGUAUAUCUACAUUGCUUUCAUUGGAUAUAAUGGGAAAUGGUAAAAUCGUAUUUACGUUUUUAAACGAUCGUUCAUUUAACUGGCUGUAAAUACAAACAACUUUUUAGGGAAGUUUAUCAUCUAAUUCUGCUUGCGUUAGAAAAUGUAAUAAAAUUUGAUCACCACGUUUGA